GUCUCAAUGCUUCUUCUAACCAAUUUCAUUUUCUCUGUCGGUUUCUCUAAAUUCCCACACUUUUCUCUUCUGGGUUUCCGUUCUUCUUCUUUUUCUUACUAAUUGCAGCAUGAAAAAAUAGGGUUGAGCCUUUAGUUCAGUGACUUUCAGCUUUCAAUCGUGAGAUAUUCCAAGAGAAAAGCAGAGCAGAGCAGAGCUUAUAAUCUCGUUGAGGUAUUAACUUUCGGGAAUAUUCAUACACAAACCAUGGAUAAUGGAGAAACAAAAGAUGCAUCAGGCUAUGGCAAACCUCCAUGGAUAUUCAAAGGAAGUGCUUUGUAUCAGCUCCAUCUGGUGAAAGCCAAAACCGCGCGGGCGUGUAUCCCGAAAGAUUUGAGAUUGGUUGAAGCAUUUGGGUAUACUCUUGGUGGGUUCUUUCUUGCGAGCUACGAUGACAGCCCAGCUGGAGUCUUUGAUGAGCUUGUUGUGAUCGCCGGACUUGUAUGGAACCCGCCGACAUCUUGCGCAUGGGCCACUAAGGUGCUUGUGAACAGCGAUGAAGCUUGCGAACAUGGUCGAAAGGAAGUAGGGCUUCCGAGUCAGGUCGCUAGGUUCUCGAAGAGAAUUACAUCAAUCUCAAGGCAACAAGAUAGUAGUAGAAGCACUGGAUUUUUAAACAUGUUUGGCAUGGGAACUGGCUUGUCUGAUUGGUAUUCGAGAGAUCGUAUGGAUGUCCAAGUGACUGCAGAAGAUACUUCUUCUUUCAACCUCACCUCUUUAGUUCCUGCAUUCAGCUUGGACAAGUGGAUGGGGCCAUCCAUCAAAAUGUCACUUCCAAGUUUUAGUGGCCGUACACAGCAUACCCCCGACCUCCUCAAGUACUCUUGCAAGAUUCAGUGCAGGGUGAGAGCUGUUCAUCCGGCAAAAGUUUCAGGACCAACUGCUUUGCUAAAUGGUGAGAUGGAACAAUCUUCAGAUACUCACAAUGGCUGCACAACAUUGGACCAAUCCGCCAGAGAAUCCAUUAGCACAGCUGUGAUGUUAUCGAAGCCAAUUUUUGCAUUGAAAUUCAGUUGCAUGACUAUGCAAGUUGAAGCUCCUGUUGUAGUUUCUGAUUGUCCUAAAACCUCCUUAAGAACUUGUUGAUCAUGUUUUGGACCUAUUGCUCGGAAAUUUUCCCCUAAUUUCAGUGUCUUAUUGAGCGGUAACGCGAUAUUAAUUCAAUUAAAUUCUGUUACUAUAUGAAGCAUAUUCUAGAA